ACCUGCCACACCACACUCUGCAGGCAAAUACACACACAACACACUUCACUUCUGCCUCGACAUCGGCGUAUUCGUGAAGGCAGAUCCGUGGUCGUGGCAUUGCCUCCGUCACUACCAAACUAGUGCCUCCUUUACCCCUCGCCCUCUCAUUUCUACUCCUCCUUUCCUGACGCUUUCCUUCGUUUCCCUCCAUCCUGCAUCGUGUCCUCUGUUUCCUGUCCCACAUCCCUCACCAUGUAUGUGAAGAAGCGUGAUGGACGCCAGGAACGCGUCCAGUUCGACAAGAUCACCGCUCGUGUCUCGCGCUUGUGUUACGGUCUCGACACAGAUCACGUCGACCCCGUCGCCAUCACCCAGAAGGUUAUCUCUGGCGUCUAUGGCGGCGUUACCACAGUCCAGCUGGACGACCUCGCUGCCGAGACUGCCGCCUACAUGACCGUGACCCACCCGGACUACGCCAUCCUCGCCGCACGCAUUGCCGUGUCGAAUCUCCACAAGCAAACCAAGAAGCAAUGGUCCUCGGUCAUCAGCGACCUCUACCACUAUGUCAACCCCAAGAACAAGAAGGCUUCCCCCAUGAUCGCUCAGGAGACCUACGAAUGCGUCAUGAGACACAAGGAGGACUUCGACUCCGCCAUCGUCUAUGACCGCGACUUCAAUUACCAAUAUUUCGGCUUCAAGACCCUAGAGCGGUCCUACCUGCUCAAGCUCAACGAUAAGAUCGUAGAGAGGCCGCAGCACAUGAUCAUGCGUGUGGCUGUCGGCAUCUGGGGCGACGAGGUCGAGAAAGUCAUCCAAACUUACAAUCUCAUGUCCAACAAGUACUUCACCCACGCCUCCCCUACCCUCUUCAACGCCGGCACCCCCCAGGCUCAGCUCUCGUCCUGCUUUCUAGUCGAUAUCAAGGAUGACAGCAUCGAGGGUAUCUACGACACCGUGAAGACCUGUGCCAUGAUCUCCAAGAUGGCCGGCGGCAUCGGUCUCAAUAUCCAUCGCAUCCGUGCUACCGGCUCAUACAUUGCCGGCACCAACGGCACCUCCAACGGCAUCGUGCCCAUGCUCCGAGUCUUCAACAACACCGCGAGGUACGUCGACCAGGGCGGCAACAAGCGGCCCGGCGCCUUCGCCAUCUACCUCGAGCCGUGGCACGCCGAUGUUUUCCAGUUCCUCGACCUCCGCAAGAACCACGGCAAGGAGGAAAUCCGCGCUCGCGACCUCUUCCUCGCUCUCUGGAUCCCCGAUCUCUUCAUGAAGCGUGUCGAGAAGAAUGCCGAGUGGACCCUCAUGUGUCCGAACGAAUGCCCUGGUCUGGCUGAUGUGUACGGCGACGAGUUCGAGCGUCUGUACGAGUCGUACGAAGCCGAGGGACGCGGUCGCCAGACGAUCAAGGCCCAGAAGCUGUGGUACGCCAUUCUCGAGGCCCAGACCGAGACUGGAAACCCCUUCAUGCUCUACAAGGAUCACUGCAACCGCAAGAGUAACCAGAAGAACCUGGGCACCAUCCGCAGCUCCAACUUGUGCACCGAGAUCGUCGAGUACUCGGCUCCCGACGAGGUUGCCGUCUGCAACUUGGCAUCCCUCGCCCUGCCUUCCUUCGUCGACUACAACGAGGGCGUCUACGAUUUCCAGAAGCUGCACGAGGUUACCCAGGUUGUCGUUCGUAACCUGAACAAGAUUAUCGACGUCAACUACUACCCCGUCCCCGAGGCCCGCAACAGCAACAUGCGACACCGCCCCAUCGGCCUCGGCGUUCAGGGUCUCGCCGACACCUUCCUAGCGCUACGUAUGCCCUUUGAGUCUCCCGAGGCCAGGCAGUUGAACAAGCAGAUCUUCGAGACCAUCUAUCACGCUGCCUUGACCGCGUCUAUGAACAUCGCCAAGGUCGAGGGCACCUACUCUACCUACGAGGGGUCGCCCGUCUCCCAGGGCAUUCUCCAGUACGACAUGUGGAACGUCACCCCGUCGGACCUCUGGGACUGGGCCAGCCUCAAGGAGCAGAUCAAGGAGAACGGCGUCCGCAACAGCUUGCUGGUCGCUCCCAUGCCCACGGCCAGCACCUCCCAGAUCCUGGGCAACAACGAGUGCUUCGAGCCUUACACGUCCAACAUCUAUUCGCGCCGCGUGCUCGCGGGCGAGUUCCAGGUCGUCAACCCCUGGCUGCUCAAGGACCUGGUCGACAUGGGCUUGUGGUCGGACAACAUGAAGAACCGCAUCAUCGCCGAGGGCGGCUCGGUCCAGAACAUCCCCAACAUCCCGGCCGACAUCAAGGCCCUGUACAAGACGGUCUGGGAGAUCUCGCAGCGCACCGUGGUCCAGAUGGCGGCCGACCGCGGCGCCUUCAUCGACCAGUCCCAGUCGCUCAACAUCCACAUGCGCGAGCCGACGAUGGGCAAGAUCACCAGCAUGCACUUCACCGGCUGGAAGCUCGGCCUCAAGACGGGCAUGUACUACCUGCGCACGCAGGCGGCGGCGCAGCCCAUCCAGUUCACGGUGGACCAGCAGGCGCUCAAGGUGGCGGACUCGCCGGCGGCGCGGCCCGGCGCGCUGAAGAAGCGCGCGCCCCCGGCCGGCAACUACGUCUCGGCGUCGUCGUCCCCCGCGGCGCUGGCGGGCCUGCCGCAGCCGGCGUACGCCAAGCCCGAGGACGCGCGCAGCGACGACAGCGCCGCCAGCGGCGGCUCGGCGCGGAUGCUGCCCAGCGGCAUCACGACGCCGAGCGCGUCGCCGCCGCCGCCGCUGUCGCUGUCGCUGGAGGGCAAGCCCCGCCCCGUCGCGUCGCCCAACAAGGCCGCCCCCUUCAAGGCCGACGUCGAGGAGGGCGAGAGCCCCAAGGCCCUGCCCACCGAGCCCGCCGACAACAAGGUCAGGGACGAGGAGCUCCCCGACGCGGCGCUCGGCGCGCCCAAGUCGUCGUCCCAGGACGAGGACAAGGAGGACACGAGCAAGGAGCGCGAGUACGACAUCUACGCCGACGCCGUCGUGGCCUGCAGCAUUGAGAACCCAGAGUCCUGCCUCAUGUGCAGCGGCUAAGGGGGAUGAGCUACAGAGAGACGUCACUGAGGAGGGGAAGGGGAGGCGAUGACGACACGAUGCGACGGCCGGCAGGACGUAAUGAAGACUGGAGGUCCACCGCCACGACGAGAGGGGCGGCGAGCUUGGCUUAACGAGCUGGUUGGGCCGUCACCGCAACUGGCUAAUUCAUGGCUGUCGAGCGGGGAACCCGUAUCCCGCCUUGCUUUUCUUUUAUCCGGUCUGCCCGGCGUGGACUGGAGGACUGCAGUGAGAAAAUGGGAGAGGCAGGAGAGGAAGGAGAAGAAAAUACGUAAUGAUCUGCAUCGAUACGAGCCAGGUGUACUGUUAGUUUACUUGCUGGCUAUGGGCCUGGGUAUCACGGAGUAAUGAAUGGAUUACUAGAUUUUUCUAUCAUGUCGGCUCUUGUCAGGGGUGUCAUGCUCGCCCAACGGCUACGCGUUCUGCGCGACGGGUAGAUCUUGCCCCUUCAUCGCCCUUCAAUUACAGGUUUUCGUGCCCCGUCCUCUCCGC